CUUGGAAAAACGUUUGGACAUUUCAACCAAGAAACGGGACUGGACAACGGUGCAUUCGAUCAUCCAUUCGCGGAUCUCCGCCACCGCUUUCACGAUGGAUGACGCUUUCAACAGCCUCCCUAGCAGCCACCUGCUCGGCUCAGUUCCGGCUGUUAUCAUUGAAGAAAAUAAUCAAAAUACAAACAGUAGACACAAUGUGCCUGAAGCAAACUUGCAGAUAUUUCCUCCAGAUAAUGGUGGGGAUUCUAGCCAGGGAUAUCAAAACAUUGGAGGUCCAAGUGGAGAUGAGCAACAAUCAACAAACAAGUGGAAAGGAGUGCUUAGCAUCUCAUCAUAUGCCCAAUAUUUUAAUGUUGAUACAGACAUAGUCUUGAACAGAUUGAUGAGCUCUUUAAAUCCUAUGAGUGGAGAUUUUUUCAGCAAAACAGAUGCUAACCCUGAUCUUUAUGGGCUUAUCUGGAUCGCAACCACAUUGGUUUUUGUAAUAUCUUCCUUUGGAAACUGUGCAACAUAUGUAAUGCACAAAAGGAGUGAAACUAGUACUUCUUGGACCUUCGACGUCAGCUAUGUAAAUGUAGCAGCAAGCUCACUAUAUGGGUAUUCACUCAUCGUUCCACUGGGUUUUUACUUCUUGCUGCAGUAUCUUGGUUCAAACGCUAGCUUGAUACAGUUUUGGUGCUUGUGGGGAUAUUCCUUGUUCAUUUAUAUUCCAACUUCGUUUUUCUUGAUGAUCCCGGUAGAGUUUCUGAAGUGGGUCAUCAUUCUAGUCACUGGCAGUGUAUCGGCAGCCUUUGUUGCAUUAAAUCUCAAGAACCGCCACAUACAACAGACGAAUGAUCUUUCUCUUGUGCUGCUUGCUGCUUUUGUUCUCCAAAUGGGUCUGGCGAUCUUCAUCAAGAUGUGGUUCUUCCCUUAGCCCCCCCUUUGUUUUUCCCAUCUUCAGUUCUUCGGCUUUUGCAUAGCUAUGGAUUCUUCACUUUGGAGCGUCAAUUGCUUGUUGAAGACGGUAUUUUCCUACACAUCUUAUUACUUGUAAUAGUGUUUGCUCCAAGGUCUAAACAAAGUGCUUGUCUGUUU